GGGUGUGACAGCCUCUGUACCCUCGAUUUGCUCGAAAAUGGUAAAUGUUUGGAAAUGAAACAAACAUUUGGACGUUGUUUAGUUUUACCUUGCUGGAAUGGACCAGGCGCAUAGCUAUAAACAUGAUUUAUGGAGGCUCAGUUGAUAUUGCUGUCGUAACACAACCUAACAGAUGGAUAAUGAAUGGACAGAAAUGGACAGCUUGUGUUAGUGUGGAAUCAUGUCUUCUGGUCCAGCAACAGUGCGCAUCCUCAUAAAGGGAGGCAAAGUGGUGAAUGAUGAUUUUACCCAGGAGGCUGACGUGUACAUUGAGAAUGGCAUCAUCCAGCAGGUGGGCAAAGAGCUGAUGAUCCCAGGAGGAGCCAAGGUGAUAGAUGCGACGAGCAAGCUAGUGCUGCCUGGUGGCAUCGACACAAGUGUGCAUCUUCAGGAGAGCUUUAUGAAUGUCACCACUGCUGAUGACUUUUACAGUGGCACCAAGGCUGCCCUGGCUGGAGGUACGACAAUGGUGAUAGGCCAUGUGCUGCCUGAGAAGAAUGAGUCCUUGCUGGAUGCUUAUGAGAAAUGCCGAUCCCAUGCUGAUGCCAAGACCUGCUGUGACUACGCUCUUCAUGUGUCUGUUACUUCGUGGAGUCCCAAGGUAAAAGGUCAGAUGGAGACACUGGUGAGAGAACAAGGAGUGAACUCCUUUCAGAUGUUCAUGGCGUAUAAGGAUGUGUACAUGCUGAAGGACAGCGAGCUCUUCCAGGCGUUGCAGCAUUGUAAGGACAUCGGAGCCAUUGCCCGUGUGCAUGCUGAGAAUGGAGAACUGGUAGCAGAGGGUGCCAAGGAAGCAUUGGAUCUGGGUAUCAGUGGACCAGAGGGCAUAGAGAUCAGCAGACCUGAGGAGCUGGAGGCAGAGGCAGUCCACCGAGCAAUCACCAUCGCGAAUAGAGCUCAUUGUCCUUUAUACCUGGUGAAUGUAUCCAGUAUGUCAGCUGGAGAUGUUUUGGCCUCAGGAAAGAUGCACGGCAAAGUGGUGCACGGGGAGACCACCACUGCCCAUGCAGUUAUUAACGGGCUUCAGUACUAUCACCAGGACUGGGCCCAUGCUGCCGCAUAUGUCACUGUGCCCCCUCUGAGGCUGGACCCCAACACACCCAACUUCCUACUAAGCCUGCUGGGAAGUGACACUCUGAAUGUGGUAACUUCAGACCACCGACCCUUGACCACCAAACAGAAAGCCAUGGGCAAAGAUGACUUCACUAAGAUCCCUCAUGGAGUACCUGGUGUGCAGGACCGCAUGAGUGUAAUCUGGGAGAAAGGAGUGGUUGGAGGGAAGAUGGAUGAAAAUCGAUUUGUUGCUGUCACAAGCUCCAAUGCUGCAAAGAUCUACAACCUGUACCCCAGGAAAGGCAGGAUUAUUCCUGGAGCUGAUGCUGAUGUGGUGGUCUGGGACCCUGAGUCAACCAGGACUAUCUCUGUGACCACACAAUGGCAAGGUGGAGAUGUGAACCUGUACGAGGGUCUGCGCUGUCACGGUGUGCCGCUGGUCACCAUUAGCCGUGGUCGUGUGGUCUAUGAAAACGGAAUGUUCACCUGUGCCGAGGGUUCUGGAAAGUUCUACCCACUCAGAACAUUUCCAGACUAUCUCUACAAGAAAAUGGUGCAGAGAGAAAAGUGCCAGGCUCUAAAGGGAGUGGACCGUACUCCUUACACUGGGGAAGUGGCAGCAGUGCAGAACGCAGGAAAGAAGGAUGUGGCUCCAGAAUCCGGAGACAUGGCCCAGCGCCCCUGCACUCGUCACGGUGGAGUGAGAGACCUGCAUGAGUCAAGCUUCAGCUUAUCUGGUGUCCAGAUUGACGAUAACCUCCCAAAGCGAUCUUCACAAAGGAUCCUAGCUCCUCCCGGUGGCAGAUCCAGUGGCAUAUGGUAACAUCAGCUGCUGCACGUUUUGGAACCAGUGAACAACGAAACCAGAAACUAAACACCUAACAUUAUUUCACACUGACCAAAAUGAUCUAACCUUAGUCACUUUUGCUGUUAGCAUAACUGAAACCCCACAUGUAAUGUAAUGAUGUCAUAAGAACAAGGAACAUGGCAAAACAAGGUACCUGUAUGUUUAUAGAGCUUGUGUGAAGUGUUUGUGAGAGAUGUGGUUAUUAAUGAAUUCCAUUUGCAAUCUGGUUUUCAUAGUUUGUUUGAAUAUGGUUAUGGUAAAUUGAACAUGGCACUUCUGACCCUGUUUAUCACAAUAUUAAUAACAGUGCACUGUAAUAUGCAACACAGAUUCCACUUAGAGACAUAGUAAUUGGACAUUUGGUAUAAAAUUGAGCAGGUUUCACAUUACUGCAGCUAAAGGAUUUGGACUUGUGUAUAUUUAUUUAGCAGGUUUUUUUUCCCAUGGUUUGGGCACAUUACGUUUACCUCAGUGUUUGGUCUCUGAAAUUGCACUUAUGUACAGUAAUAUCCUGCCUCUCCAUUUGUUACCUGUACACUCGUUGUGGUUAUCAAGUAACAUGUAAAACUGCUUCUAAACUGCUGUCUCAGUAUCGUUUCUGUAUUUUAGUGCAAUUUUUAUUCUCCUGACUAUUGAUUUUAGGAACAUUCAAAAGCUAGUGAAAAAUGUUUGAGCUAGUAAAUACCAGUGACAGUUUAGCAAAUCUGUGUGUGUACAUCUUGAAUUUUUGGGGGUUAUUGGUUCAGCAUGUUUUCCACCUUGUGACUGGCAACAAGUGUGUGUUAGACAUGUAUCACUGUUAUCAGUAGCUUUUUUUUAUUUGUUUGUAUUUAUAGUGAAGUAACAGUAUCUCCCAGAACUUAAUAUAAUGUUUACAGUGUCACUGAUUAGUGAUUUUCUCAUUUUACCUGGGAUUUCCUAAUGCCUUUAGAAGUUAACACAAGUUAACACUCAUAGAAUGCUCAACUACAAGACUGUGCAUUCUCUCAACUUGUUACAAGGCAAGCGCUACAAUGCAAUAUGCAGGUUUGUGCUGCUUUGAGUCUCCUCAAAGCCCUUCAUAGUAUGAGCUGUUGGGUCUGAUAUUAGGUCUCAGAUGUCAGUACAAAAAUGAUUGUGAAAUAAAUUGCCAAAAGCAACCAUCAGAAUAAUCUGUGUACAGCACAACUGAUGAUAUCUAACAUACUCGCAAUAACACAUACCUAAAAGUUACAUCUGGCAGCUUUAAAAGUUUUUUACAUUUUCAGUCAGACAGGGCAGUCUGUGUUCUUCAAGAACGCAAAGAAAGUGGAUUGGAUGCUUUAAAUUGAUGUGAAUAAAUGUUGUUGACCUCUGAUGAACUGGCGCCCUCUCCAGGGUGUAUUCCUGCCCUACACUUUUUAAAGUAGGCCCCAGACCAACUGCGACCCUGUUCAUGAUGAAAAUAUGAAGCAGCUCUGGUUUUCUAGUGCAGCAUUAAGAUCAUUUACACUCUCGCUUUCUUAAGAGCUCAGAAACAUACUUAAUUACCAGAUUCUAGGAGAUUUACUAAUUGUGUCAGGUUUUUAUUUCAGAACACACUUCAGUUGUACAGCUGAAUGCAUUGGGAGACCCCACUAAACAGAGUACAUGAAUCAGAUGUUGUUAUAGCACAGGUGUCAUAGUGUAACAGUCUAACAAAUACAAUAAAACAUAGAUUUAUUGGUGCUGAUUGGUGCUGAGUAUUCAUGUAUGUUUGAUAUUUGUUUUUCUUUUUGAUUUAACUGUAUUGCAAUCUCAUUUUAAUAUAAACCUUGUAUGUAUUCACCAGAA